GUGGACUUUGCACUUAUCAGUCAAUUCGAAAACAUAUUGGCCAUAAAUUUAAUGUCAAGAUAUUCGAUCGUGAGACUGGUCCUCAAGGAUACAGCAUUUACAUCAGUAGAAAAGGUGUUAACUCUUUAUUCUAUUGUAGUCCACCUGAAGUUCAAGCUCGCUUUCAUGAAGCCAUGCCUGAUCCAGCUCCUGAAGAAUAUCAUACUGUAUCACUUAUUGACCAUGUUGGAAGACAAUUAAUUUGUCUGCCACAACAAAAAUAUAAGAGCAUCUAUGAAAUAGAGCCUCUUAAACAUGAUUUUGCUGGUGUAGUUACAUAUCGUAAUAGAUUACGUGAUGUUUUAUUGGAAGGUGUGGAUAUCCAAUGGGAUAAAAAAUGUGUUGGAUAUGAAGAAAGCGAUGAUGGUGUUUGGGCUUUGUUUGAUGAUGGAACCAAAGAAUUUGGUGAUUUAUUGAUCGGUGCUGAUGGAAUUAAUUCACCAAAAGUUGCUCUACCAAAAUAUAUGGCAGAAAAAUUACUGGAUUUUUACAAUAAUGCAUUAAUGCAAAGAUCACUUGGUCUAAAUGGUGAUGCAUUUUUUUCAUUUAUGCGUUAUGUACCAGUAGAUCAAUCCGAUGAACCUUACUACAGGCUCGGCAUUGCAUUUCAGUAUCCGACAAUCCUCGACACUGAAGACCCAAAUAGUGAAUUUGUUAAUGAUGAUAAUCCGGAAUCCGUUAUUAAACAUACAAUUUCAAGAAUCAAACAAUUACGUCCACCUU